AUGUUUGUGGGCAAGAUAGAGGACCUUUAUAGUGAAGAUGGAGAUAAAGGAACAAAGAAAAUUAAUAAAACCAAAAAACCUAAGAAAAAGAGUGGUUCUGUGAAGAAAAGGAAAAAGAUAAAGAGAGAAUUCUCCCCACUUCUUAAUGCAAAAAGACUUAAAAACUACUCAAUCAAAAAGAUCAAACUUCUUAUGUCCCAAUAUAACAGGAAGUUUAAAUUUCAUUCAAAAGAUCAUCAGGCAAAUCCUUCGAAUUCGACUGGGAACUGAUGCCACAACUCUGGAGAAAUGGAAGGGUGAAGAGUCACCUUCUGUCCGUUUGAUAAUAUAUCUGAAAAUAAGGGAAUACAGAGAUAUUAUAAUUAGAAUAACACCUGGAAAGAAGAUGUGGAUCAAGGAAUCAACAACUAUUGGAAAGACUUCAACUCAGAUAAUUAAGGAAGCAUGGGAGGCUAGUCACAAGGAGUUAAACUUAUUGAAUCUUAAAACUUUGUUCCUGAGGACUACUAGUAAGAAUCUAAGUCUGGAGAAGAUGAUUGAGGCUAAAAGUCCUAAGGCUUUUCACUUCAAAUUUGAAAAACCAACUGAAGAAAAUAAUAAAAUUCAAUCUUUUCACAAAUCCAUCGGGAUAAAAUAAUAGAAAGUUGUUGGUUAAAGCUAACAGUGAGCGAAAGAAAAGGCUCCGAACAGCAACACCGAGCUUUAAAAUUGAAAAAUCAUUUAAGAAAGUAAGCUCUUUCUUCAGAGAUUUUCAAGGAGCUUUCAUGAUAGACGAUCUGAUUGAAAAAUAGCCCUAAGGAAAGUAAGGGCAAAUCAUGUAAAUCAAAGGAGAGUAACAUUGACUUGGUUAAGGUUAUGUCGAAUUCUUAUAUCAAUUCUAAGGAUAUCUCUCCUUCAAAACCUCAAUGAAUGAAGCAAGAUGCUAAAAUCUCUGGUGUUCAGAGGAGAUAUAUUCAUUCAAGGAAUUUACAGAAGCGGCCAAUGUCUGGGUUUCAUACCAGAAACAGGAUCAAGUCUGCUGUUGGCUUUGAUACUACUAAGCAUAGCUCUAAAGUUACAGGAAUGGUUUUUACUGAAAGUUAUUCUAAGUUUAAUAAGGAUGCUGCUAAUUUUAAGCCGAGCUGGAGCCCUUGGAAUACUUCGAAAUCAUCGAAGAGAUCUGUUAAGAAAAGACCAAAGACUUGUAAACCUCCUGCAAGGAGAGAUACAUCUACACUUGGAGUUAUAUUUAACAGUAAAAUGCGUGAUUCAAGCAUAAAGAGCUAUGAAAUCCUGAAGGGCCUUAGUGAUAUAGUUCAAAUAGCUUCUCAAAAUAAAAGCAACCCAGAAAUAAAAAAAUGGCAGAAUGAGCUAGCUCGAGCUCGCAGCUCAGAAAAUUUAGUUGAGAAGAACAAUCAGCAGAUUUUAGGUUAA